UUAGGAGCGGUCUCGCUGCGCGUCUCCAUCUCUUUCUCUUUCUCUACCGACUCGUCCGCCUUUGGCCUUGUCGCACGAGCUGCAGCUUUGGCUUUGCUGUCGCCGAGGAGCUGAACAGAGGCUGACGCGGACGUCAUUUGCAAUUCAAACGUCUCCUAGUUGGCUGAAAGAAGCCCUGUAACCACCGCUGUGUGCGAUGCUGAGGCUGCUGCUUUUGGCCGCUCUCGCCGGGUUCGUCCGGGGCAGCGAUGUGCUGGAGUUCACGGAUGACGACUUCGAAAGCAAGAUCGGAGACCACGAACUGAUUCUCGUGGAGUUUUUUGCCCCAUGGUGUGGUCACUGUAAGCGGCUAGCACCCGAGUACGAGUCAGCUGCCACGCGUCUGAAAGGCACCGUCGCCCUGGCCAAGGUUGACUGCACAGCUAACAGCAACACUUGCAGCAAAUAUGGUGUGAGUGGCUACCCGACCCUGAAGAUCUUCAGGGAUGGAGAGGAAACUGGACCUUAUGAUGGCCCAAGAACUGCAGAUGGUAUUGUCAGCUUCCUGAAAAAGCAGGCUGGCCCAGCUUCUGUAGAGCUGAAGGCUGAGGAAGACUUUGAGAAGUUUGUUUCAGAUCAAGACGCAAGCGUUAUUGGAUUCUUUGCUGAUGACAAGAGCACAGCACAGACAGAGUUCCUCAAGGCAGCCAGUGCCUUGCGGGACAACUACCGCUUCGCCCACACCAACUCUGAAGCUCUUCUCAAGAGCCACGAUGUCGACGGGGAGGGAGUUGUCUUGUUCCGUCCACCGCGACUCGGCAACAAGUUUGAAGACGGCUCAGUCAAAUUCACUGAGGAAAAGUUUACCAGCAACAAAAUCAAAAAGUUCAUCCAGGACAACAUCUUUGGAAUCUGUCCCCACAUGACAGAUGACAACAAAGACCAGCUGAGGGGCAAAGAUCUGCUGGUGGCUUAUUAUGAUGUUGAUUAUGACAAAAACCCCAAAGGCUCCAACUACUGGAGGAACAGGGUGAUGAAGGUGGCAAAGAGCUUUCUCGAUCAGGGCAAGAAGCUGAACUUUGCUGUUGCCAACAAGAACGCGUUCAACCACGACGUGUCCGAGUUCGGCCUGGAUGGAAGCUCAGGGGAGCUGCCCGUUGUGGCCAUCCGCACUGCCAAGGGAGACAAAUACGCCAUGAGUGAGGAGUUCUCACGUGAUGGAAAAGCUCUGGAGCGUUUCCUGCAGGACUACUUUGAUGGCAAGUUGAAGCGCUACCUCAAGUCUGAGCCCAUCCCUGACAACAACGAUGGACCUGUCAAGGUCAUUGUGGCCGAGAACUUCGACUCCAUUGUCAACGACGACAGCAAAGAUGUCCUGAUUGAGUUCUACGCGCCGUGGUGCGGACACUGCAAGAACCUGGAGCCUAAAUACAAGGAGCUGGGAGAGAAGCUGGCAAACGAUCCCAACGUUGUCAUCGCCAAGAUGGACGCCACGGCUAACGAUGUGCCGUCUCCCUACGAAGUCAGCGGUUUCCCAACAAUUUACUUCUCUCCAGCUGGACGUAAGACGAGCCCAAAGAAAUAUGAGGGAGGUCGCGAGGUCAACGACUUCAUCUCCUACCUGAAGAGGGAGGCCUCCAACCCACUGGUCAUGCAGGAGGAGCCCAAGAAGAAGAAGAAGAAGGAUGAUGACAAGUCAGAGCUAUAAAGGCUCCAUUGAGGAACUCAGCAGCCCCUCCUCAGAACAGUCGUGGUGAAAGCCACGCAGAGAAAGAACUAAAUUAUAUUCCACUCUUAGUGAACUACCGAAUGCUCUGAAGCCCAAGUCGAAAAGACUCGGCCCCUUUAGGUCCUCUGCUGAUCUGGGAAACUGUGGAUGGUGAAGGAGUGUUGGUCAGGGCCUGCCUAGGUUAAAAACCUGUCCAUUUUUAGGGAAACGGGGACAGCUUUUGCAAAAUUGAGAUUUUAAUUUCCCCUUUUCUGUCUACCACACCUCAGACUGAUGCACUUUGGUUUCACACCGGUUUCUAGUCAUCUGUCGCUGUAGUUUUGUUGUUGUUGUCAUCAUCACAGGGGAUCAUGGUAAUGGUGAAUUCCUUUUUCUUGUGUGUUUUUGUAACACAUUUUUGUUUUUGUACAUUUGGAAGGAUUGUGAAAUAAAAAGUCCCACAAAACCCAGA